AUGGUUUCCUCAAAAAAACAGGUAUGCAGUUCGACGUUCACACGUGUGUUUGUUGCUGAAUUUACAACCAAAAAUAUUAACAGUUUCGAAUUAAAAACAGACCAUCUAUGUCCUUUUGAUGAUGUCUGUAGAUGAUUUAUUGUUAAAUAUGGUUUAAUGGAGUAGUUAGAUUAUAGCAGUUUAAUCUGUUGACAGAUAGCCCAAUGAUUUUUAUCAUUCACUGUAAUAGUUUACAUGUUUUCAUGUUACCUUUAGAAAGAAGUUUGUCUACUGCUGUAAUUGUUUUUAUAUUUAUUGAAUGGAAAUAAGGAAUUCAGUUUGCUUUAAGAGCAAGAUAAUUUUUUGCUUUAACUUUAGAUCACUGAGGAGGUAACUCAGCCCCUACCUACUCAGACUUUGGGUAGCCCAUAACUAUUUUUAACAAUUGUGUGGUUCCAGAAACUAUCCUUCCCCCCCCCCCCACCCCCCACGGAAGAUCAUUGGAAAUUCCGAGGGGUUGGGGGUUCAAAGGUGGUAAUUUCCAAGAGGUGGGGGGUGGGGGUCAUGGGAAAGUACUUUUCCAAAGGGUAGCAAACCAUGUACAAAACAUUGAAAGCAACAUAUGAUUGAUCUGAAGCACAAAAACAAACCUACGUAUGUUUUUUGAAACAAAAGUCAGUACUCCUGGCAAUUGAGAUGAGGUUAACAUCAUUAGCUUUAAUGUUUCUGUUUUUCUUUGAGUUAUCUAGCACUAUAAUCUCCAGAAGAACGAUGUGUCUUUGGAACGAAGCCAAAACAGUCUAAAGUGGCGGAUAUAACUGGAGUCUUGUCCCCAGACUUCCCGUUUCGUCUCAUUUUCUUCCGACCAACAUUUAAGUGCUGUCACUUUCAUUUACUGAGUAUCCCAUUUUGCUACCUUCAAAUGUAGGAAACACAUUUUUGAUAGGUUUCAUGUUUUAUUAGUGUUUAUUGGGGUAGUAACUCACAAAAAAUGCGAUGAGACGAGAGAACCUCAUUCCCAUUUCUUACUCGACCAUCAGAAGGCCCGGUAAAAUUACUUCUGCAAUCAUGAUGACGUUCACGAAUAGCACAUUGGCAUGUGUCAGUGAAGUUUUCGGUCCUUAAAAACGAAUCAACCUGAAGAAACUGACAAAAUGUGUAGACAAAUAAACAGCCAGAAAGGAACCGUUUAAGUUUCUGGGUUUUUUGCUAUCGUUUGCUAAGUUGUUUAAGCGAGUGUAAUUUAGGUGUUGGAUAUUUUCUGGAACCACACAAUAAUUAUUUAGUCUUGCUUGCUUUAGCUGUGAGACUCCUGAUGGUGAGCAGUGAUUUUGUUAGGAAUAGUUAUGGUGCAUUCUGGGACUCAUCUUGUGAAAAAUCAUGAGUCCCAGUCAAAAAACAGCAAGUUUGAAAUUGAAAAUGCUUGGGCCUUUAUAUAACCAGAAAGUUAAUUUGAAAACAGACUCCAAAACUCUGAAUUACAGUGUAUUGAAAUUAAAAUAUAGUCCUUCUAUUUUUAAGCACAACAGAGGCUAAACAACAGCCAUAAUAACUGCCACAAAGAUAGCACAAACUAGCCAGAUGUUUCUACAAAUGCACAUAUUCAGAUCGAUCAAUCAAUCUUUGCGUCCUACGGGACGCGUGCCAUUAAUUAUUCUGUGUCUGGGGAUUUUUAUGCAACAGGGACCCAGGACGCACUGGGUGAGGCUUACUGGUCAGAUUUUGUAAACGUUCAUUGUAUACAAAUGAGUCUUGUGAGGAACAUGUGGUUUAUUUUCGAGAUGAUUAAAAUGACGCGCCUUGUUCACCGCAUUUUUAUGUAAUUUCUCUCGAAUUGAGGCCCUUAGUUUUCAUGUAUUUACACAUGCGUACUCACAAAUAGUCGAAUACUAUAUAAAAAGUAAACGUCUUGAAAAAUUGUUGUACUCAACCAGCAAUAAAGUAGGGAGUGAAAAACUUUUAGUGAGGAAAUCCUGUUUAACAUAGAAUUAAUAGCUUCCUCAUUUCUUAUAUCUAAUCUCCAAGCAAACAAUACUAAAUGCUAUUAUAAGCAUUCUUGUUCUUUUCUUAAAAUGCAAAAGGUUGCUUGUUUGGAAGGCAGCUCAAAGUAACACCUCACUAGCCUAACAGGCCUGUCAUCUAACAAUAUUUCUUUUAUUUGCAGAAAAAGGCAAUGGAGAGUAUUAACUCUCGACUUGCUCUUGUGAUGAAGAGUGGAAAGUAUACACUUGGACUUAAAUCUACUCUCAAAACUCUGCGACAGGGCAAGGCAAAGCUGGUCAUCAUUGCCAACAACACACCUCAGCUCAGGUAAUGUUUAUAGCUGGUAAUAUAUAAUCACAGCACUACUGGAAGGUAGUGCUUUAUCACCUGUAACAACAUUCUAUAAUGAGUGCUAAGGGUUGUGCAACUAGAUUAUGUUGCCAUUAACAGAGAUAUUGGAAAACAUUCAUCAUGGCUGUAAUGGAGAAAGAUGAAGAUCUAUCGUGACCAGUGAUAUAUUGACACUUGACUUAUCAUUGCAACUUUAAGAUAUUAGGUCACUAUUAUUUCCUCUGCACUGGCAGUUUUUUUCAAGAAUUGUUUACAAAAGCUGGUAUCACUAAUAGUUGCCUUGAUAUUCAUUAUGUUUGAACAAAUUCAGUGAGAGCAUUAUAAAGAAUGUCUUGUACUCAAUUUUUGAGGUUGAAAGUACAGUAAACACUGAAUGAUCCUUGUUAACAUUAACAUAGUCAAUGCUUAAAUUUGAGAAGUAUUGCCCCAAAGAACAAAAACUUUCAAGCCAAAUUGUAGAAUGUCAGCACAGAUUAAGCAAAAACACUAAGAAUUUUUUAAUUUUUUUUUUUGAACUUUUGGUCAUCAAAAUUGUCGCCAAAGUGGUGAGUUUCACUGCAAUUUAUUUGCCAAAUUUUUUUCCUACUUGCUGUGGUGAUCAAAACAGUCACAGUUCUAAAUGCUGCUUAUGAAGAUUUCCCAAUAGUUAUUUUUUAGGGGCGCCUAUUGGGGAAAUUUUAACUAUUGCAAUUGUAUUGCAAUAGGUCACACGGAAAUUGCGAUAGUGGAGGUACUAUUGCAAUAGCAUUGCAAUAGUUUUCAGCCUUCCCCUUUUUGUUUGCAACAAUGCAAAAUUGGCCGCCAUGUUUGAAGUUUGAAUGAACCUCAGCAAUAAUAUAAUAACCCUCUCUAACAUUAGACCCAAAGCGGUUCAAGAAUCAAGAUGCUAAAACAUUCUAGAUGUAGGUGUAGUAGGAUAGUAGAUUGUUUUUAGUUUCUUUUUUACUGUUAUUGAGACCUUGAGAAUCAAAGAUGGGUAAAAAGAGUAUCUUUAUUUUCCAAAGAAGUUAAAAUGGUAGAAGUUUAGAAACUAUCGAAACUAUUGUUAGUUCGCUACACUAUCACGAUUGUUAUCAGUGUUUCAUAUUUACUAUCAAUCCAUCGCUAUCGCAGCGUUAAUAUUGGAUGCAUUGUUACAGCCUUAUUAUUUUUAUGUAGGUUCUGUUAAUCAUGGUCUGUAUCAUGAAAUCUUCAAGAGUUACCUUUUAGAUAAAACAUCAAAAUAAACAACAGCCAUUUAAAUUAUUCAUUGGUCUUAUGUUUGAAUGGUAAUAAAAUUGGAGCUUCUGGCCUUCCUUUGGGGAAAUAAAGUCUUUUGAUUUUUACCUUAAUUCACAAGUCUUGUGAGAAUGAUUUCCAUGAAUACAAGCCCUAGGAUUUCACAGUAACGAUCAUUUUGGUACUCAUUGUUCUCCUUACCAGGCGGCUACCAAUAAAAUUUACCGCUUGAAGAAACACUUCUUACCUCCUCAACAAAUGAGGUGUUACUAAAAUUAAAGACAUGUAAGUUGUUUAAAAAAAUACACAAGUUGUGAUCCAAGCCGAUCCUCACAAGAAAAGGAAGUAAAUACGGAAAAUCAAAAAGUAUACACAGCUCUUCUCUCUGAUUACUUUAUUUAGAUGCUGAAUGGUACCUUUCAAAGCACUGGAGGCUAACAAUUUUUUCAUGGGCCUCUGUCCCAAUUCUAGACUUUCUUGACCAGCAGGAAAAGUUUGCGACUUCCGCAACUUGUGUUACUCAAUAAGCGGCAAAGGCAGCCUUCAUUCAUGAAUUCUUUGUUUUGAGGUGUUUGAAAUACUUUUCGGUCAAUUGAUUGACAAGAUGCUCAUAAACAGCCUUCAUAAACGCAAAGCUCCCUCGCCCCGCCAGGAGAGUGCACCUCUGCCACAUAUUUUUAGCCUUACUGGUCAAAAAUGGUCCCUUACCUGCUGAGCCAAAAGUUAGGGAGAACACUGGGUACUGUGUCAUUACUAUGUUCUGAAAAAUAACAAAAACAACUGUCCUCAUUGCCAUUUUUCAACUUUUGUUUAAAAAUUCUAAUUAAGUAACCAUACUCAAAUUCUUUUUGUCUAUAGCAAUAUAGUCAGUAUAUUUAUUUCAGCCCAUGUCUUCCACCCAUAUCAUUCCUCAACUUUGUCGCUAUUAAGCUAAUGCACAUUCUUCUUCCAUCAUGUUUGAAAAGAUCCGUGAUUACUUGUAUCACAAAGAAGGAAAAUAAUUAGCUCAAAUGUUUUUGAUUAAUAUCCUGCUUGCAUUUGAGGUUUCCAAAGUUUUGAGGUUAAUAAUUCUGUAUUUAUUUUGCAGGAAAAGUGAGAUUGAGUACUAUGCCAUGUUGGCAAAGACUGGAGUUCAUCAUUACACCGGCAACAACAUUGAACUGGGUACAGCUUGUGGCAAGUACUUCCGUGUGGCCGUCCUUAGUAUCACAGAUCCUGGUGACUCAGAUAUCAUUCGGUCUAUGCCCUCCGAACAGCAGUCCCAACCACAAUCGUCAUAA